CUCUCGGAGUCCUGGACCCGGACCGCCACCAGGACCAAAACCGGAACCAGCGGGACUCCUGACCUGACGUGGCGUGGGGCGUUUGGAGGAUUGAUUUCUUAAUAUUUCAUAGAUUUAUUUAUCCCGGUUUGACCACGCCCACCACCGGCUGCCCGGCACGAGGACAAAGUAACAUUUGGGAACAUUUGGGAACAUUUCGCUUAUAUGAUCUUUAUUUUUUAUGUUUUAGUUUGAGUUUUAAAGUUGCAGGCAGGAUGUUGACACUGUCCGUGGUCCUGAAGCCUCUCCUGGUUCUGCUGCUGUUCGGGUGCUGGCCGUCCGUGACCAUCAGGCCGAGGGAGGGAUGGCAGGUCUACAGCUCGGCCCACGAUGCCGACGGCCGCUGCGUGUGUACCGUGGUGGCACCGGGCCAGAGCUUGUGUUCCAGAGACGCCAAAGGACAACAGCUACGUCAGCUGCUGGAGAAGGUCCAGAACAUGACGCAGUCCAUCGAGGUCUUGAACCUGCGCACUCAGAGGGAUUUCCAGUACAUCAUGAGGAUGGAGAGCCAGAUCAAAGGUCUACGCUCCAAGUUCCGACAGAUGGACUCUGACAGGAAGACGCUGGCCAACAAAAACUUCAAGGUACUUGGACUCGCAUGGUACUCCCAUGGUACUCCCAUGGUACUCCCAUGGUACUCCCAGAUCAUUCCAGAAUACUCCUGGUGUGUCCCAUGCUAUUCCCGAUGUGUAUUUCAGGAGCUAAAAGACAAGAUGGACUCCCUCCAGCCGUUGAUUCCUGUGCUGGAGCAGUUCAAGACGGACGCCAGGCUCGUCUCCCAAUUCAAAGACGAGAUCCGAAAUCUGUCCGGCGUGUUGCUGGGCUUCCAGGAGGAGAUGGGAACGUAUGACUACGAGGAGCUGCACCAGAAGGUCCUCGCCUUGGAAAACCGUCUGCAGAGUUGCAUGAGCAAACUUACCUGCGGCAAGCUGAUGAAGAUCACCGGCCCCCUCACAGUGAAGACAUCGGGGACCAGGUUUGGGGCUUGGAUGACGGACCCGCAAGCGCCCCCAAAAACCAGCAAGGUUUGGUACAUGGACGGCUACACCAACAACAAGAUGGUCAAAGAGUACAAAACCAUGGCUGAUUUCAUGGCGGGGGCCGAGUCCAGGACGUACAACCUGCCUUUCAAGUGGGCCGGGACCAACCAUGUGGUCUACAACGGGUCUCUGUACUACAACAAGAUGCAAAGCAACAUCAUGGUGCGCUACAGCUUCGAGAUGGGCCGCGUGGUCACACAGCGGGCGCUGGAGUCGGCCGGCUUCCAUAACGUGUACCCGUACACCUGGGGGGGCUUCUCCGACAUCGACCUGAUGGCGGACGAGCUGGGCCUGUGGGCCGUGUACGCCACCAACCAGAACGCCGGCAACAUCGUGGUCAGCCAGCUGAACCCGGACACGCUGCAGGUCCUCAACACGUGGAACACCGAGUACUCCAAGCGCAACGCCGGAGAGGCCUUCAUGAUCUGCGGGACGCUCUACGUCACCAACUCCCACCUGACGGGCGCCAAGGUGUACUACGCGUACUCCACCAAGACGGCCAGCUACGAGUACACGGACAUUCCCUUCCACAACCAGUACUUCCACAUGUCCAUGCUGGACUACAACGCCCGGGAACGAGCCCUCUACGGCUGGAACAACGGACACCAGGUCCUUUUCAACGUCACUCUCUUUCACGUGAUCAAGACGGAAGACGACGCCUGAGGGGGUGAGAUUUUUUUCAGAUCUUUGGGUCUGCCGGCGCCGCGUCUUCGCAACGUGACCGCGUCGUCCUCUGCCGUCUGCUGCUUGGCGAAGUUGACGAACACCUGAAGGAACACCAAGGAUGUUUUUGGACAUGGUUGUGGAUGUUAGGAUGUGUUUGAAGAAGAUCCUCAAUAAAAAGCUACAUUUUGCAUUCAAUGAUUCUAACCACUGAUCCAUCCAUCCAUCCAAAGUCAUGGCUAGAUAGGAUAUAUCUGUCCUACCUGGUCCAGCGUGGUCUGAGAGACGGAGUAGUCCUCGAUGCUGAGUCUGUCCUUGUUGGCCACGACCAGCUGGAAGAUCCUGGCCAGCGAGGAGGAUGCAAUCUCGUACUGCAGCGUAUUGUAAUGCUUCUCCCGCUGGACGCAGCCUGGAAAACUGCUCUCCAUGAAUUCCUCCACGUGCUCCAGCUCCGGAAGCACGCCCGCUUUGGCCGCCUUGACCUUCAUGGUCACCACAUAGCCGUCGCCAAACCUGCGCCAUCCGAUACAAAAGACAAAUCUAGUGAAGACUCCAAUGUAGGUACUAGUUCCUGUCUGAUGAGAUGUUGACAUACGUUAUCAUAAUAUAUAUAAUAUAUAAAAUAUACAUAUCACUGUCAUUUGUUAUCAUAUACUAUACAUAUCACUGCCAUACAUUAGCAUAUAUUAUACGCAUCAGCAUAGCCACAACGUUAAAUGUGGUUUUAUGUUUUUGGGUAAGUAAGUAUAAGUAAGUAAGUGUAAGUAAGUAUAAGUACGCUAUGGAAUGGCGGACAUGGAAAAGUCUGACUUGUAUUUGAGGUGCUGGAUGGUUCCCAGACACUUGAAGCUUCCGUUGACCAUGAUGGCAAGUCUGGUGCAGAGGGCCUCGCACUCCUCCAUGCUGGUGGACAACAACAGGAAGUAUAGUGACAUCAUCAUCAUCAUCUUUGGUGGUGUCACUGCUAAGCCGCUGACCUGUGCGACGUCAACACCACGGCCCGCCCGUCUCGUAUGAUGCUCAGGAUGGCGUUCCACAGGAAGCGUCGGGAAUGAGGGUCCAUCCCCGUGGUGGGCUCAUCCUGAACACACGUGACAUAGCACACGCAGGAUGACACUUGGCGGGAUUCCACACGUCCCACAGACGUCAGUGGACACGAUUAAGGCGCUCACCAGCAGAACCAAGGCUGGACAACCGAUCAUGGCGAUGGCGGUGGAGAGUUUGCGCUUGUUCCCGCCGCUGUACGUGCCAGCGAGGCGGCUGGCGUACUCCGACAGGCCCAGUUUCUGGAUGCCCCACUCGGCCACCUGCAGGGGGAGCAUGCUCGGUCAGUCAGUCAGUCAGGUGGACCCCGCCGAAGACAGCUGGGAUAGGCUCCAGCACCGCCACGACCCUCGUGAGGAUAAGCGGUAGAAAAUGAAUGAAUGGCUGCAGUUUAGGGUAAAAAUUACAAAAUUCAAAUAACAAUGAAAAAUAUAUAUUUUCAAAUAAAAAUUCAUUCAUUUUCUACUGCUUAUC